UCGAUAGUUUUUAUUCUUUACCUUUGUUUUGCAAUAUCACCAUGUUAUUGCUAUGAUCGUCAGCAAAUGCAAUAAAAAAUAUCGUUCUUCUUGAAUUAAUACAACCGACACUUAAGUUCACCGAUUAUCUUAACCGACUACUUUUCGAUAGCUAUGGACGUCCAACGACACUCGGUACACACCCUGGUGUUUCGUUCUCUGAAGCGAACACAUGACAUGUUUUUGUCAAAUCAAGGAACUCUUCCUCCUGUUGAUCCUUCAACGGAGUUGUUGAAAAAAGCCAUCAAGUCCAAAGACUCCUACUCGCCAGUCUUAGAUCGAGUUAGACGAAACAAUCACCUGAAAUCCAAUCAUGAUCACAAUUCAGAUCCUCCCCCACCUGGUGAUGAUACUUUCAAUGGAGGUAACAAUUCAUCUGCGAUGGUACCUUACGGAGGUGGAAUGGGCAGCUCAGUCAGUCUGAGUUCAACAAUGCCUGCUAAUACCAACAGCUCUUCGUCAACUGUAAUGAAUCUCCCUCCAAAGAAAACCCCAGCAAUAGCAAAACCUCGCUGGCACGCUCCUUGGAAAUUGUAUAGAGUAAUAAGUGGCCAUCUUGGCUGGGUACGGUGCUGCGCUAUCGAACCUGGCAACGACUGGUUCGCCACAGGAUCAGCUGACAGAGUUAUCAAGAUUUGGGAUCUUGCUAGUGGAAAGUUGAAAGUAUCUUUAACUGGACAUAUCAGUAGCGUUCGUGGGCUUGCCGUGUCUCAUAGACACCCGUAUUUGUUCUCAUGUGGAGAAGAUCGUCAAGUUAAAUGCUGGGAUCUAGAAUACAACAAGGUCAUAAGGCAUUACCACGGUCACUUGUCAGCAGUUUAUUCCAUGGCUUUGCAUCCAAAUAUUGAUGUACUAGUCACAGCAGGCAGAGAUUCGACGGCUCGCGUUUGGGAUAUGCGAACGAAAGCGAACGUUCACACGCUGGCAGGACAUACAAAUACAGUAGCCAGUGUGAUAUGUCAGGCAGCAGAACCUCAGGUCAUAACUGGUAGUCACGACUGUACGAUUAGACUGUGGGACUUGGCUGCCGGAAAAUCUAGAGCAACUUUAACGAACCACAAAAAGAGCGUUAGAUCCGUUGUGUUUCAUCCGACGUUGUACAUGUUUGCGUCAGCUUCACCAGAUAAUAUCAAACAAUGGAAAUGCCCCGAAGGAAAAUUCAUCCAAAACUUAUCUGGUCAUAACGCGAUUGUCAACUGCCUGGCGGUUAAUGCAGAUGGUGUACUUGUGUCUGGUGCUGACAAUGGUUCCAUGCAACUAUGGGAUUGGAGGACUGGCUACAACUUCCAAAGACUUCAAGCCCCAGUUCAACCUGGUUCAAUGGAUAGCGAAGCGGGCGUUUUUAGUAUUACAUUCGACAUGUCUGGGACGCGCAUGAUAACUACUGAAGCCGACAAAACGAUAAAAGUCUACAAGGAAGACGACACAGCGGUGCGUUUAGUGUUUUAUAUGAAAUUUUGCAUGAAUUUAUUUAUCAUGAUUGUUUCCUAUUCACAAUUUUUUUUAUUUUUUUGUAAAACAAAACUUAAAUAUAUUUGUAUGCAACGACCAAAUAGUAUGACUAUAAUCUACGUCUGGAAUUUCCGUUUCGUUUCACCGUUGAUUAUUGUAAUCGAUAAUAAUCAUUUCGUGACUAAUUAAACGUAUGAAUGAUUCUUUACAGUCCGAAGAAAGUCAUCCGAUUAAUUGGAGGCCUGACAUCAUUAAGCGAAGAAAAUAUUAGUGAAUACAUCAACAUUAAGCAACGGUGUGUUUAUACAAUAAUAAUUUAAAGAUAAGUUGUAUCGUUAGACGAUUUACGAAUUGAUUGUAAAUAAAGCUUGCAUUUUCACAA